AUGGGUCUCCUCAAAGCUCAGGAUGGUACAUCCGACCCCAUCAUCACCCGCAUGGUGGAGCAGGACAAGGUACGAUGGUGGAAGAAGCCGAACCUGCGCAUUAUGUAUAUCUGGCUCUUCUGCUGCUGCAUGGGCGUUGAGAUUACUUCCGGUUUCGAUUCUCAGCUUAUUGGCACACUCCAGUUUUCGGUACCUUUCAACACAUACUUUGGAGAGGGAUACAAGGACGCAGAUGGCGAAGCCAGCAUUCAACCCAAAAUCAUUGGUUUCAUGUCGUCUUGCUACCAGCUUGGUUCUAUCCUCGCAGUUCCGGUUGCGCCAUGGCUGAGCCAAAGGUAUGGUAGACGCAUGUCGGUCUUCGUCGGCUCCGUCAUCAUGGUCGUCGGUGCUUUGCUGCAAGGGUUUGCUCAACACAUUGGCAUGUACAUCAUCGCGCGUAUGCUGCUUGGUUUUGGUAUCCUCUUCGCCAUCGUCUCUGGUUCUUCCUUGAUCGGAGAGCUAGCUUACCCUAAGGAACGACCCUUUAUGACCUCGCUCUUCAAUGCCUCUUACUUUAUCGGAUCUAUUCUUGCCGCUGCUAUCUCAAUCAAAACGACGGAGAUGGUUGGAAACUGGGGCUGGCGUGUACCAUCUCUGCUGCAGAUCUGCCCGUCCAUUCUGCAGAUUUGCACAGUCUUCUUACUACCUGAAAGCCCACGUUGGCUUGUCAGCCGUGACCGCGACGAUGAGGCUUUCGCGAUCCUAACGAAGUAUCAUGCCGAAGGCGACCCGAACUCCAUCCUCGUACAAGCCGAGAUGGCGCAGAUUCGAUCUACGAUCAAAAUCGAGAUGGAGAACUCCAGUCGCUCAUGGAAGGACAUGGUUCGCACACCUGGUAUGCGACGCCGUGUCUUAAUUUCGUGUUUCCUCGGUCUCUUUACGCAGAUGAGCGGUAACACUUUGCUUUCUUACUACCAAAACCUCCUCUUCAAGAUGAUGGGAUAUACCACCAAGUACGCCAAGACGCGCAUCAACAUCGCCAACCAGUGCUGGAGUCUGAUGAAUGCCGUUGUCAUCGCCCUGGUUGUCACUCGUUUCCCCCGUCGCUGGAUGUUCAUGCUUUCUGCUGGCUCUAUGACUAUGGUUUUCAUGGCCAUGACUAUCUCCUUCCAGCGCCUCCAGCUUGCUGAUUCUCAGGGAACCAAGAACCAAGCUGCGCAAAUCGCCUCGCUUGUGUUCUACUUUGCAUACUCUCCUUGCUACAACAUCGGUAACAAUUCGCUCACAUACACCUACCUGGUCGAACUCUUCCCGUACGCCCAGCGAACCAUGGGUAUUGGUAUCGAACAGAUGUUCGGAAAGCUUGCCGGAUUCUUCUCCAUCUAUGUCAACCCGGUUGCGCUUUCCGCUAUUCAGUGGAAGUACUUUGCUAUCUACUGUGGAUGGAUCACAUUCGAGUUCUUGUUUGUGUAUUUCAUGUAUCCUGAGACGUACAACCGCACGCUUGAGGAACUUGCUUUCUUGUUUGAAGACAAGGAGCUCGCAGACGAGGCUGUCAGAGCUGUCGAGAAGACGGUCAACCAUGGUCACGAUGAAGGAACAACUAUUGAUCACGGCAAGAUGGAGACUACAACCAUCGAGCGCAAAGCCUAG